GGUGCUGCUGCCAGGACUCGGAGUGAGGAGAGGAUGGAGGCGAGGCCCGAGCUCAGAGGGGACGAGGAGGCAGUGGGAGCGGCGCUGCUGCUGUACGAGCGGGCCCAUUUUCGGCAUGACCCGCGCUGGUUGCUGCCCCUGCCGCCACGCCUCUGCCUGGCCUGCGCCUUGGAGCUGCUGCAGCCCACCAGCGGCGUCUCGCUGGUGAGAAAGAAGCACAUGUUGUCCUGCUUCCAUGAUGCCCUCAUGAGGCAUACCACGUUGGUCACACAGCUCUUGGCUCAGAACGAGGCAGUCUGCACCCACCUCAUAGGCAUCCUGUUUGGGCUACUGCGCAGCAUAGAUGAUGGCAGUGUGUUGGAGCUCUCCAUGGAAGUCCUUAUUCAGCUUAUUGUACAACUGAAGCUGGGGCCGUUCGUCCACUGCCUGCUAGGGGAGUGCCAGAAAGAGCUUUGUAACAUGCCCACCAUGAGGGGCAGCCUGGCCACAGUGACCCUCCUGGGCAAAAUGGUGGACGCCAUCCCUUGUCUUGCUGAGAUUCUCGUGGUAGAACAUGGUAACCUCAUAGAACAUCAGUUGAAGGGCCUGAUGUACCCCAAUGAGGCAGUGAAGGCUGCAGUCUGCUAUCUGUAUGGGAAGCUGUAUUCCUCUCCCACUGUGGCAGAGAAGCUGUCAGGCCAUUUCAGGGAGAAGCUGUGUCCCCUCUUCCUUACGACGCUGGACAACGCCCAGACCAAGGAGCUGCAGAUUAACUGCAUGGGUUUACUGAGACAGCUACUGAAAUAUGACCUCUUUGUGUCUGUUAUAAUGAGUAAAUCAGGGGCAAUGGGGAUUUCUGAAAAUGCUGAGGUGCUACAACAAGAAAAUGCUCUGCCCUUAGUGCUUAAAAAGCUGCUGCUGUCCAGAGAUGAAACCUUGCGGGUGGCCAGCGCCGAGUGCAUGGCGGCCGUGCUGGUGCAUUCGCCUGUGAAGUACGCCCCGGCCUUCAUCCACGCAGACAUUCCAGAGUUCCUGUUUGAGCAUCUCUCCUGCACCAGCGAGGCCCUCCUCUGGGCCGCCUACAGAUGCCUGUUGCUCCUGACCCAAGAGCACCGCUUCUUCUCCAAGUGUCAUACCGUGUACGGCAUCGAGGCGCUGGUGCGAAGCCUGAAGGGAAUCCUGCAGCUGAGGAGCCCCGAGCUCCUCAAGCAGGGUCUGCUGCUCUUCAGGGAGAUUCUGAGGAGGCAGCCGGAAGAGAUCCAGCUUUUUACAAACUCGGCCACCUGCAGAGACGCCAGCGGGCUUCUCCGGGAGGCCGUCAGCAGCCCUGUCCUGGAGGUUGUGGCAGAGGCGGUCAGGGCUGUGGCAGCUUUUCUCAGGAAGCACCACCUGAGUUCGCCGCCGGUGCCGUAUGGAGAGCUUCAGGCCUUGGUCCGAGCCCUCCUGGACCGCUGUGCUGACCUGUCACCACCCGUGAGCCAGGGGCCUCUCCCUAGCAGUGGCCUGCUUCUCCCAGGGGGCCGCUCAUCAAGCCGAGGUCCCGGCCGAGCUGUUCUGCAGCAGGGAGAGAUCCUUUGGGGUGCUCUGGAGGGCUUCCGAAAUGCCUGCAGACUGGCGGUGGAGUUUCGGAACGAGCCCUCGGCCCGGGAGAACCCCUUCACGGCUCCCAGCACCGAGAAGGAAGACACACUGGAGACGUUCUCCGAGUUCCUGCUGAGUGCCUGUGACUCCCUCUGCAUUCCCACUGUAAUGAGGCAUUCUGAACAGGCCAUGCAUCCUGCUCUGAUGGAGAUUUUCCUCUCAGUCCUCAACAGUUUGUUCAUCAUUGUACCCCACAUGAAGGAGAAGUUCUCCAAGAAGCUUGCCUCGUCCUCCUUCAUCAGACUGAGCCUGGAGCUGAAGGCCCGCUUCUGCUGUGGACAGAGUCACCCAGCUCUGAAUCAGGCUUGUUCCAGCUUCCUCUACUCCUUGUGCCUCAACCUCUUUGCAGCUUUGGAGGAGACAGGACCACCAUCCAGAGAGGGGCUGUCCGUCGUGUCCAGCAUCCUACAGCAUAGUCUGCUGCAGGUAAACGCCAGAGGCUCCGAAAGUCUGGCACUCCUGUCUGAUUCCCUGUAUGUGGACGAAGCCGCUCGUCAGCAUCAGUAUUGCCUCCUCCUCCUCCUCUACCUUGCUUAUAUCCAUGAGGACAGGUUCGUGCCAGAGGCAGAGUUGUUCUCAGCUGUGAGAAGCCUCCUCCUGUCAGUCCAGGAGCAGGGCGAGCAUCCUCCUCCUGCGGUUUUACGGGCAGCCCUUUACCUCCUCACGAUCUGUCAGGACAAAGCGGAGCCUUUAGAGAAGGCUCCCCUGAGUGCCAUCAGGAAGAUGCUGGAGGGCAUCUCAGACCUCCGCCUGGUCUACAGCCACCAUCCCUGCACCCUCAAGUUCUUCCUGAUGUACCCAGACUUACUGAGCAGGUUUGGCCACCGCGUGCUGGAGCUUUGGCUGUCCUGGGAGGAUGGCGGCAGCCCGGAAGGUGAGGACCCGGCCUCUGCCGUGCCUGCCAGGCCUGCUGCUCUUGCCGACCACGAGGACCCCUUGCUGCCCAUCCUGAAGAGCGGAUCCAGUGUCCUGCUUAUUUUACUGGACCUUGUCUAUUCCAGUCCCAUGGACAUAGCCCGAAAAGUGCUGACAAUCCUGAGAACUUUCCUCAAAGAAAACGAGGACAUUGAGGUGGGGAGCCUUCUUCGGGGACAUUUCCUACAGAUCCUGCAGCAGCUGCUGGUGGAGAGUGGAGCUUCCCCCCUGCAAGCCAGCAGUAACCUGCCCCUUUUGCUCAGCCUGCUCUUCCUGGUGCAGCCGAGAAAUGAGACCCAGAGAGAGCUGGACAGCACAGACCUGAAGCUGCUUCACCAGGUGAGUAACCUGUGUGGGAAGUGCAGCCUGGACCACGUGGAGAUGCUGCUGUCCUCCUUCAACUUCCUGUACUGGAGUCUCCACCAGACCACCCCUGGCAGCCGGAAACGAGCGGUGGCCGUGCUUCUGUCCAGCACCCCUCUCCUCACACUGCUGCAGAAGACCCUGGGGCUCACGUGGAUGGAACCGGCCCCUGCCUCUGCACUCCAGGGCCCCCCCACGAAGGAGACGGCCCUCCUGUGCUCAGGCUGGCUGCUCACGGCCUCCCUCUCUGCUCAGCAGCACCUUGGAGGGUUGCAGGUCCACCAGACGCUCACAGUAGAGUUGGAUAAAGUCCUGCACGCCCUCACUUGUAGGAAGAAGAAAGCCGCCUUGUUCUCAGCCAGCAUUCUCAGAUUUCUUCGGACGGCCCUGGAGCAGAAUUUCUCCUCUGCCCUGGUGAUGCUGGUCAGCUCAGACCCAGGGCGGUUGCCCUCUCCAGAGGAUUCUGCCCUCUCCCCACUGUCACUUCAGCAGGUCCUGUUCCUCGUGGUCAGCCUUCAGAACCUCCUGGUGCAGAAGGACCUGCUGCUGUCACAGGCUGUGGUUGGCUGCCUGGAGGCCCUGGUGAACUUCCUGCAAGCCAGGAGCCCCGAUGUAGCCCGGCAUGUGGCCGCCCAGCCCUGGAAUCGGUUCUUGCUGUUUACCCUCUUGGAUGCUGGAGACAAUUCCUUCCUCAGCCCGGAGAUCCUGAGGCUCAUGACCCUGUUUGUGAGGUUCCGGAGUAGCAGCAUCCUCUCCCAGGACGACAUUGGGUAUGUUCUGCAAGAGACAGCCAAGGUCACCUUCUCUGAGCUCCCGACGGCCACCCUGCAGGCUCUGUCCUGCUUCCUCCUGCAGGUCCAGAGUACAGGCUCUCUGUCCAAUCCAGCCCUGUCUACAACAAUUCAGACCUUAGGAGAGACUCUCUCAGAAAGAAGUUCUGCCCCGCCACACCAUCAGGAUUUGGUGUAUCCUUUUCUGCGGUACAAGGGGGCUAGGCCUGGGCUCCUUUUCCCAGAGGGCCCUGGAUUUACAGGGAGCCCCUGAUUUGAGGCUGGCAAAUCCACGGCAAACCGGAGGAUCCUGAGUUCUAGGCCCAAUAUGGGUGGAUGAGGUCUGUGGUGCCAAGCGGUGGGGCAAGAACUAGGGUUCAUGAGAUUUCUAUGGGCAGAGGGCAGAGUAGCAUCCGUGUCUCCCCACGCAUUACUGAGGUAUCAGUGAGGAUGGAGCCCAUGGCUUCUCUGACAGAGGAGAGGCAGGAGUUGGUUGAGACCGUCCAAUCAGGUGCCCUCCCCAGGACACUGGGCUCUGGAGAGCGUCCCACAAGAACAUUUGGUCCAGAAUGCCGCCUUUAGCCUCCUUUAGUUAAGUCUCGCUUGCUGUGAAGUAGGAACCAGGCUUUUUGCUUAGCCCCGAAGGACAAAACCAGGAACGGGUGGGGGGAUGCAGGUUUCAGUCCAACAGAAGGAAGAACACUCCUGAGGGUCAGAGCUAUUGCGAGGUUUGGAGGCAGCCCUCCCCCGCAUCCCCAGGUCUCCAGGCAGAGGCCGGUGUCUCCCUCUCGGGAACGUUGCCGAGAGGACCCUUGCACUAGAUGCUCUGGGGUCCCUUCUGAUUCUGCCCAGCUGGGAAGGUGCCAGGGGAGCUCCUCCAGGCUCCCACCCCCACCAGGCACCUUUGGCAGAGAGGAGAGCUCUCAUGGGUUUGUCCUUGGAAUCCCCUCGCUCCCUCUCAGCCCCCCCCCCCCCCCCCAGGACUGCUCUUCUCGUGGUUAUUCUCUCAUGCCCCUGCUGUCAGAUGCCUGGGAGGGGUGGCAGUGUCCUUCUCCCACAUCCGAGACUGAGCCACAGAUGAGGAAAGGAGAUGAGGCCCAGCGCCAGGUUCUGGGAGCAAAGGGAAGCCUUCGCAGCUUGGGCUAUUGUGUAUUCUGUUAUUUGAUGGCAACCAGGAAAUAAA